AUGGAUCGGUUAGCAACGGAUCUCCUGUCUAAUAUCUCUGGUGAUACUAACGAUAGACAAUCGCGCCGAAUCUGCAGAUAUACCAAACUAGAGAAAGUCGGCGAAGGAACCUAUGGCGUCGUAUACAAAGCCAAAGACAAUGGCACGAAUGAGGUGGUGGCGUUAAAGAAAAUUCGACUCGAAGCUGAAGACGAAGGCGUUCCAAGUACCGCUAUCCGCGAAAUUAGUCUCCUGAAGGAGUUGAAAGAUGACAACAUCGUUCGCCUUUUGGAUAUUGUACAUGCUGACCAAAAGCUAUACCUCGUUUUUGAAUUCCUAGAUGUUGACUUGAAGCGUUAUAUUGAACAAGGGAAUCAAAACCGAAAACCGAUCUCACUCAACAUCGUGAAGACUGUCUUUACGGGUACCGUCUUUAUCCGACUCUAUUCGCCGCUAUCUAGGGCCAUUCUCACCUAUUUUUUCGACACGCUUUCUCGUGAUAUAACUGGCGUCGUCAUUGUCGACGGGGAGCAACACGGUCAUCACGUGGUCAUGUCGUCUGCCCCUUUCUGUCCCAUCUUUUCUUCCCCCAAAUUCUUGUACCAAUUAAACUCCGGCCUACUUUACUGCCACAGCCAUCGGAUCCUGCACCGGGAUUUAAAACCGCAGAACCUCCUUAUUGACAAACAUGACAACCUCAAGUUAGCUGAUUUUGGGCUUGCGCGUGCCUUCGGUAUUCCGAUGAGAACGUACACGCAUGAGGUGGUCACUUUGUGGUACCGUGCACCUGAAGUUCUACUUGGUGGACGCCACUACUCCACUGCAGUUGAUAUGUGGUCCGUGGGCUGUAUUUUUGCAGAAAUGGCCUUGCAAGGUCACCCACUCUUCCCGGGCGAUUCCGAAAUUGAUCAGAUUUUCAAGAUCUUUAGAAUCUUGGGAACCCCGAAUGAACAAGGAUGGCCAGGUGUUUCUCAGCUUCCGGAUUAUAAGCCAACUUUCCCUCAAUGGUCACGACAAGAGCUUUCAAAGAUUGUGCCAACUCUGGAUGAAGCCGGCCUUGACAUGCUAAAGAAAACGCUCACAUACGAUUCGGCUAAGCGUAUCUCAGCCAAACGUGCCCUAGAUCAUCCAUACUUGGCCGACUACCAACCUUGA